AUGUCUGCUAGGGAACGACGGAAUGGCCAUGCGAAACUAGCUUCAGACAGCGUUGAUACUGGCGUCCAACUAUCUGAAGCUGCACCUGCACUACUCGACCUAUCCACGAUUCUCUCGAUGGUCUUGGGCGGAUGUUGCGUAAAUGUAUGGGCAUAUGAGCAACUGCUAAACAUGAAUGCGCGAAUAGGUUCUGCCCUAACUUUUUCGCAAGUUGUUUUUAUCACACUCCAAACCUUACCAAGGUUUCUUGUCUUUCACCCAACUUAUCGAUGGUUUCCUUCCGGUCUGAAGCCGCGUCAAGUGCCUAUCUACCGCUGGGCGGUGCAGGUCGUUCUGCUCACUACGAGCGUUUUGCUCAAUAAUUGGGCCUUUGCUUAUAAAGUUCCAUUAACCAUCCUCAUCGUCUUUCGGUCUGCCGGGCUUCCCGUGUCCAUGCUUUUUGGAUUUAUCGCCGGGAAGAGGUAUUCGCCAACGCAAGUGUUAUCGGUGCUCCUUGUUACAACUGGUGUAAUACUAGUGACACUUGCUCGACCGUCUGCCAAGUCAGCUUCGUCUAUCACCGAAGACCUGCAACAGUAUACUGUCGGAAUCUCGAUGCUUACUGCGUCAAUCGUCCUCACAGGCGUUGUUGGGCUCCUACAAGAGUGGACCUAUACAACGUAUGGGCCUUGUUGGCAGGAGGGCGUAUUUUAUACCCACUUUCUGUCUCUGCCUGUCUUUGUCUUUCUCGUUGGAGAUGUUGAGCAAGGCCUUCGCAGUCUCUCGGAUGAUACGGGGCGGGACACAAGUGCGCUUGGGUCAUGGCUAAUUCUCGGUUUAAAUCUCUUCUCUCAACUCAUUUGUGUAUCUGGCGUCAACAGACUUUCGUCGGAAGUGUCGUCUGUUUCGACCAACAUUGUGCUCACUACGCGGAAGGCAAUCAGUCUGCUCUUCAGCGUAUGGUGGUUUGGCAAUGAGUGGAAUGAGAAACUGGCGGCUGGAGCUAGUAUGGUUUUCUUUGGAAGCCUGCUGUUCACAGCGGGAGGUUCCAAAAGGAAAAAGAGGUUGGACUCCUUCACCUGGAUUGCAUGGAAAACGUCCGAUUUCGACAACUCACAGCACCCACGCUUGGCCGCGUCCUGCUCCGCGCCAUCCCCCCACCACGAGCUCAAGGACGAAACUCGUGAACUCUUGUUUCAUUCAGCAAUGACCUCACAGAAAAAUCGUUGGCCGUGGCAAGUUUUGAUCAAUGACGAGAUCUUCUGCUGCUUCUUCUUCUUCUCGAGGAUGUGCUGGCGUACUCUUUUGGGGGCUCUGAUACUUUGCGUCUCUACGACGCUUGCUGAUAGCUCAAGUCUUCAGAGUCAACUUUCUCUACCUGGCGUCACCUCAUUCUUUCCUGGAGACCCGGGCUAUGCUAAUGCAUCUCGGCCCUUCAACCUACGGUUCACGUUGGAGCCCAUCGCAGUUGUCUAUCCUGCAUCCGUGAAAGAGGUAUCGGAAAUUGUCAAAAUUGGCAAGGAGCACAACCUCCGUGUCUCUGCGCGGAGUGGUGGGCACAGUUAUAUCGCCAAUGGGCUCGGAGGAAGAAACGGCGCUCUGGUCAUAGACAUGUCCAAUUUCAAGAAGAUUUCUGUGAACUCGGCUGCAAAGACAGCGGUUAUCGAGACUGGAAACAGGCUAGGUGACAUUGCGCUUGCCUUGAAUAACCAUGGACUUGCGAUGCCUCAUGGAACCUGCCCAUAUGUUGGCAUCGGUGGUCAUUCAUCAUACGGAGGCUUUGGCUUCUCUUCAAACAUGUGGGGACUGACGCUUGACAAUAUCCUGUCUAUCAAUCUCGUCCUUGCCAACGGCACCAUAACCCAGGCUUCUCCUCGUCUCAAUGCAGAUCUCUUCUGGGCAAUGCGUGGUGCAGGGCCCUCAUUUGCCAUCGCGACUUCGAUUGAGUUCAAACUUUUCACGCCACCAGCUGCAGUGACAAUUUUCAACUACAACUGGCAGCUCACAGCCACACAAGCCGCAAAUGCGCUUGGCGCCUUCCAGACAUUCAUUGCGAAACAUGACCCUCCUGCAGAGUUUGGCUCUGAAAUCGUCCUUACGCGGGGGCACGUUGAAGGAAAUGUGACAUUUGCUCUUGCUGGCGCAUGGCAUGCUGCCCCAGAGUUGUUAAACGCGACAGUUCAGCCUUUCCUUGACCGGAUGCCGCCGUUGAACGACGUCAGUUUUUCUCAAGGGAACUGGCUCGCAGCACUUGAAAACCUCGGAGGAGGGAAUCUCAACACAAGCGUAGCUCCUGAUGGAACGGAUACGUUCUUCGCAAAGUCACUCAUGACACCAGAGGCAUCCCCCAUGAAUGCGGCUGCCCUUGAAGCGUUCAUGGAGACUGUUGCAACAGAGGGAUUCACCACGAAUGUGAGCUGGUUCUUCCAGAUUGAAUUAUUUGGAGGCGCAAACAGUGCGAUCAAUGCUGUGCCUUUGGACGCAACCGCGUUUGCCCAUCGCAGUUCAUUGUUCACCAUCCAGUUCUACGCUUCGUCGAUUGGAAAUGUUCUGUUAUUCCCGGACUUUGGGUUCACUUUCCUUGAUCACGUUGUCAAUAACAUCACAACACAUAGCCCUCCUAAUUGGGAUUUCGGAGCGUAUACCAACUACAUGGAAGACCAACUUCCUGACUUCAAACGUCAAUACUACGGCUCGCAUUAUCCGCGAUUAUUCGCACUCAAGAAGAAGCUUGACCCAACGGGUGUCUUCGAUUUCCCUGUCGGAGUCGAUGACUGA